CAUUGUGACCCACUUGAUACUCAUACAUUCCACAACCUUCACUCAUCGAAAUUCCUUGUUACCUGACGUAUUAUCAACUAACCUUGACGAAUAUUCAGCUAGAACUGCUUAUCUUAAAGCUAAAAGGAUUUAAUCUCUGAAAAAUACUACUUGUUAUUCAUCAUCUUUCAAGUGUGUUUUGAAAACAUCUGAAUUGUCAUGGAGAUAGAGGUGACUAGGAUCAUGUGCUGAGAGCUUCAAACAACAAACUACAUAGUGAACUUUUUUGUACUCAGUAGACUUAAACUUAGAUUGCCAAGAAGUUUAUUUAAAGCUUCAACCGAAGAUUCAUUGAAGUUUACUAUCUUGUUAAUAAUAGAUUGAAAUUUACAUUAAUCAAGACAUGUUGAAAUUUGCUGGAAGAGUGAAAAGUGCAGUAAGAACAUUGACUUUAUCUGCUGGUCGAAAUGCUACUCCGAAAGUGGCUCCUGUUCAAGAAGCUGCUUUAGAAGAAAGAUGUAUUCUUGUAGAUGAAUUUGACAAACCCCUAGGCUAUGCAUCAAAAAGAAAUUGUCAUCAGGUGAAUGUAGAUAGAGAUAUUCCAUUACACAGGGCUUUUAGUGUAUUUUUAUUUAAUCAACAUGGUGAUUUAUUACUCCAAAAACGAUCUGAAUCAAAGAUAACGUUCCCGGGUUAUUAUACAAACACUUGCUGUAGCCAUCCUUUAAUGGAAGUCCCUGGUGAAGCUGAAGAACGUGAUGCGCUUGGAGUGAAACGUGCAGCACGUAGAAGGCUUGCACAUGAGCUUGGCAUUCCUACGAGUGAAAUUCAACUUGAUGAGUUUUGCUACAUUACUAGAAUUCAUUAUCAUGCUUUGAACGAUGAUGAUAUAUGGGGUGAACAUGAAAUAGAUUAUAUUCUAUUUUUACAAAAAAAUAAAGUGACUUUAGAUCCCAAUCCAGACGAGGUCAGCGAAAUAAGAUGGGUAUCUAGGGCAAACAUUAAUAAAUUCGUCCAUGAAUGCAAUUCUCCUCUUACUCCAUGGUUCAAAUUAAUACUUACACAUGAAUUGCCUGUUUGGUGGGAUAAUUUAAAAUCAUUAAACAAAGUCAAGAAUCAUGAAACCAUUCAAAAAUUUGUAUAAAUAUUCGAUUAUAAAAUAAAUUAAUUGUGAUAUUGUA